AUGCGAUUCCUCGCGAAAUUACUCACCAAGACCAUACUUGGAGACCCAACUCAGCUAGGAAACUACACAAAAGGAAUAUACAGGGCGGAAGAGAAUAUCAAAUUGCCAAACACGCCAACAAACAGAGACGACGACGAGGACGACGACGUGUCGCGCGACACAACAAUGUCCGGUGCGUCGCCACGAAAAUUCGCCGAAAAAAUCGCGAUUAUGAAUCGCAAACAGAACGAGGAUGUGAACACUUUCGACAGUAUUAUGCGAGAGGUUCGGCAAAUCACUAGCACCGAAACGCAAGCGAUCCCCUCCCCCUCGACGUCCUUACAUCCGCCACAAUGGAAUCAACUUGGUGGAUCGCUGCCUAACGUGCAUCAAAUGCCAUCGUAUCAGGAUUGGACGGGUGGUUGGCCGGAAACCCCGUCAGCACAUCGUAGUCGAUCGCCAGAUCAACAUCCGAUGCACUAUCAUCCGUACGGACGAGGACAACGAUCACCGGAUCGUGUGCCACCGCUUCAUCCUCACUACGUCCCCUAUCCAAAUCCGCAACAAUUGCUAGCUCCUGAUCAAUGGAAUCAAAUAAAUCGAGCACGAUCGGAUCCGGCAAUAAAUCAAAUGUCAAUGCAUAUGAUGCCGGGCAAUGGUGUACCGAUGAUGGUUCCUCAUCAAAUGCAGGCAGGUCCCAGUGGUGUAGGUCACAUGAUGCCGUUAGGACCACAGUGUUCUAUGCCUAACACUGUCAAUAUGAUUCCUCCGCAGCCGGGCAUGGUGCCGCACCCUGUUGUCGGAGGUCCACCUCAACCACAACCUCCACCACCCGGUGUGCCUCAAGCCCAACCACCACCUGGUAUGCAAAAUGUGAAUAUGCAAUCACCAUUACAAUCGCCUAUGCAUUAUCAGAUGCAAAAUUAUGGGUAUCAUAAUGGAAGUCCCAUGCAAUCGCCAAUGGGAUCACCGAUGGGAUCCAGUCUAAUGCUAGACGAAAGAACGACACCAAUGAUGGAGUUGAGUCCACCAGGCAUGCAUGAAAUGUGCAGUGAGGCCGGUAGUUUACCGAACUUACCGAACCUUCAAGGAAUGCCACAUCAACAACCACCACCAUUUUAUCAUCAGACAAUCGGACAACGUCACAGCACCGGUGGCGCCUUAGUGGGUGUCACUCGGCUGACGCCGGCGGCAGCGCGGACACCUGAAAGUCAAUCUGCACCCACAUCGCCAGCGAAUAAUCUCGAUCCGUCGCAACACUUGCAAUGGCCAGGCAACAGGACAUUUUCGAAUUCGCCUGAGUCGUUAGACAUACCGAGACUGGUGUUAACGAAUCCUGAAGGAACAAAUGGGCCUCAUUUGGAAUGUUUCAACGAUUUACAACAUUUAACCCUGGAUGCAAACGAUAUGCACAUGUUGUGUAAUGGUUCAGGAACGAGUAAUCCAGUGGUGCAACAGGAUACCCGAUUCCCCGCUGAGUAG